UCACGAGUGGUACUGAACGCGUGGUUGUGUUUAGUUGAGGUUGUAAUGAACUUGUGGCCAACGACUCUCUCAUUACAGCCUGAACUAAACACAACCACGCGUUCAGUACCACUCGUGAUAUUCCAGAGGGUCUUCGAUACAACAAAAAUCGAAAAGUGAAAAUGAAAUGAAUUUACUAACAUAUAGACAUCUAUAUUUAGAGACUUCUACUGGUAUAUUUUUCUUCCAUUUAUCCAACAAUACACUCUAUGACUCAUUGGGAUAGAGUGUUCAUUUAGUUUACUUUAUUCUGCUCAAAAUUUUGUUUGUUUAAUCCUUAUUUAUUGUUACUUCAUGGUUUCUUGAAAAUGACGAAAAGAUUCCUCGAAAGUUCGAACUAUAUUUAUGAUGAAACUGCUAGCUGCUGUGAAGACAAUAAUAGCUUUAUUCAAAUGUUUGCCCAUACAAAACUCAAACUAAGAACUGAUAUUCUUGCUUCUAAAUUUUGGUGUAACAAUUACAUGAAUUUCUUAUUUUUUAUUCCUUACUUUUUAUUCAGUUAUAUAAAUGUUCGAAGAUAACAGUGGAAAAUGCAUAGUUUAACGAAAUUUGAAAAUGAUUUAUAUUUUGGACGAUUUGACCAUCUACCAGAUCACACAUCAAAAGCGAUCCGCGUCUUCAUAAGCUCUACAUUUUCUUGUUUUGUGUAGACACGACUGACGAACGUAACAUUUUGAUUGAAAGUGUUUAUUCAAAAUUAAAGGAUUAUUGCCUAAAAACAUAUGAUGUUCAAUUUCAGUAUUCAGAUAUGCGAUGGGGUGUUCAAGAUAUAGCAUCAAAUGAUCAUUCUACAACAGAUGUUUGUCUGAAAGAAGUUGAUCGCUGUUGUCAGUUAUCACUAGCAACAAAUUGUGUGAUUCUAAUAAGUCAUCGAUAUGGAAGUCGAUUCAUUCCAUCAACUAUUUCACAGAAAGUGUUUGAUGAAUUGAAAAAUAGUGUACAUGAUCGAACACAAUCAACUAUUCAACUUGAUACAUGGUAUAAAUUAGACAAAAAUCCUCUAGAACCGAUUUAUAUACUACAGCCAAUUGAUAAAAUACUUGACAAUAAUCAAGCGGGAAAUUGGAAUGCAAUGCAAAAUGAAAUGUUAGUGUUAUUGAGACAAUUAGCUGAUACUUGUUUUCUAGAACAAAAAAUUAAUCAAAAUGAGAGAGAUGAUUUUUUUAUUUCAGUAACAGCCAAAGAGAUUUAUCGAGCAAUGGAGAAUAAUCGACUAACAAAUCAAACGAAUAGAAUGUUGUGUUUUAUUCGUGAAAUAUCUGAUAUUGAUACACACAUGUCUGAGAAAGAUUUAUCAAAAUAUAUGGAUAGUGAUAAAGAAGUUGAACAACUAUUAAAUACAUUGAAGUUAGAAAUUCAAAACACAUUAGAACCAUCCAAUGUUAAAAUUCAUCGAGUUGAAUGGUCAAAUCUGAAAAGCAAAGAAAACUAUUUACAGCAAUUUGCUGAUGAUUUUUAUUUGUCUGUAAAAAAUCAAAUUGAUCAAUGUAUGCAACAACAACAAAUUGAAGUUCAGAAAACUCUAAAUGAUUCACUAUAUGUAGAAGUAUUGGAACAUGCGCUUCAAUAUAGAACAUUGGUAUCACGUUUUUAUGAAAGAAAUGAUAUUUUAGAAAAAAUCAAAUGUUUUGUUCAGUCGUCUCAGGAAUUGCGACCGUGUGUUAUCUAUGGUGAUAGUGGAUGCGGAAAAUCAUCGAUUAUGGCAGAAGUGGCAAAUAAAAUUUCUAAUUGGUAUUUUAAUCCAUUAUCUGUAUCUAUUAUCAUUCGUUUUCUUGGUUCUACUCCGUUCUCGUCCGACAUCUGUAAACCACUAUUAAAUAUUGCACAACAAAUCGUUAAAAUUUAUAAUAUUUGUACAUUUGAUAUUCAAGAUGGCGAUUCGAACUUUUUAAAAACUCAAUUGAAAAGAUUAAUGAAUUUAAUCCCAAAAGAUCAAAAUCUUGUACUAUUACUUGAUUCCAUUGAUCAGUUGCAAAUAGAUGAUUAUUAUUGUACAUGGUUACCAUUAUGUUUUCCUUCAAAUGUAAAAUGUAUUGUUUCUACUAUUCCUAAAAUAACUAAUGAUGACAAAGAUUUUGAUAUUCUAAAUGAAUUAAAAACGUUGUUAAACACUGACGAAUUCAAUGAUACUCGUUUAUUCAUCGAAAUAACAAAAUUCGAUAAGAAUACUGCUUCGAGCACAUUCAAUUCUUGGCUAAAUAAAGGUAAACGUACUCUAACAAGUAUUCAACAUCAAUGGAUCAAAAAUAAAAUUGAAAAACUUUGGCCAUUAACUCCACUUGUUUUAUCAUUGAUUUAUGACCAAACAUUACAUUGGCACUCAUACGAUCAAACGAUUGACAAAGAAUUUACGGCAAUAAAACAGACGCGUGAUGCAAUUAAAUAUUUGUAUGAUCAGUUAGGAAAGAAACAUGGUGACGUGUUAUUUAGUCGAUCGAUGAGAUAUAUUCAACUAUUUGGUGGCGUUAGUGAAAAUGAAUUAGAAGAUGUUCUUAGUUUAGAUGAUGAUGUAUUGAAAAGUGUAUUUCAACAUUAUUUACCCCCAAUUAACGUAUUUCGACUACCUGCAUCUGUUCAUCAAAGAUUAUGGCCGUUCAUUCUAUUUUUUCGUCAAUUGAUACUUGAAACAGAAGAGAAAGCUAUUUUGGAACGAAAUCGAAUUGAACUCUAUGCUGAUAUUUGGAAUAACAAAUUGAGACCGUAUGAAAUUACAUCAAAAUUAGUUGAAAAAUAUCGUCUACAAUCAAACGUAUUACAGACGAAUCGUGUUUUAACCAAACAACAACCGUUGAUAAUUGAUCAAAAACGAAAAGUAUCGAACAAACGAAAAAUGAGCCAAUUGGCACAAAAUAUUGCCCGAUAUGAUUUUAGUCAUCCAUAUACCGUAUUUCAUUAUACUUUUAUGCAUAGUUAUAUAAACUUUUAUAAAUUACGAAGUUUAAUAAUUAAUUUUUAUAUGGGCGCACUUCAUCCAUCAUCAGAAUUACAUAUUCUUUUAAAACUAUACGAAAUGUUGUAUGAUAUAUUUGAUCAAUAUUCAAAUAAUUAUGGUAUUGAAAUAUCUUCACGUUUAUUACCGUUGAUCAAUAAUAUUGUUCAUUUUCCAUAUUUAUCGAAGUUAGUUCAACAAUGUGAUGAAUAUAGUUUGAAAACAUGUGCACUAAUUAUUCCUUAUCAUCAAUAUAUUCGUACACCAUGGAAUAGUUACAUUUAUCAUAUUAAACAACAUUCAUCAAUUCAUCAACUCUAUUUAGAAUGGCGACUCUUUGUAUUGUUGAAUAAUACCUUGACAAUUAUUAAGCCACGCUCACAUUUAAUGGAUCAUCCAUUUGAAUUGAAUUUACCUUCAAUGAAUACGAAUACAUCGUUUAGAGUCGAUCAUCCAUAUGUGUGUGUAUAUUCUACAAGUUCACUCAUUAUUUUUAAUUAUGAGAAAUUAGUGACCUGUUUUCAAAUGAAAAAUACGACUAUCAAUGAUUGGUUAAAUGUUGAUUUAUUUGCCAAUGGCCUCAUCAUAAUUUGUAUGAAAUUUUCAAAUUAUAUUGAAAUAUGGAAUUUUAAAUCAGAUCAAAAAUUAGUCUAUAAAUACGAAUUUAUAAAUGAAAUUAUCGAUUUUCAAAUAUGUAACAUGAGUUUUAGUCAUAAAUACACUAUUCUUAAAGUUAUUCUCAAUUCUGGUCAUACUAAAUAUUCAGCACUACUCACUGAUAUGAAUGAAAUACGACUAAUUCAUAUCUGUGAAAUUAGGCCAACAUCUUUUCAUCAUUCCACAUUAUUAAAUCCAUGUACAGAUAUUUAUCGUAAUAUUGACAGAAAACAAUUAACUGUGUAUCAAUUACCUUAUAUAACUGAACAAUUUGUAAGAGACAAAUGUGAAUUGAAAAGUCAUCAUAGUACAGUUUCUGUCUAUGAAUUUUCUGCACACACUAUGGAACCCAUUGUUCUUGAUAUGCAUUUAAUAGUCAGUCGCUUUUUUCAUCUCUCACAUUCAUUACAAAAAUCAUUAUUUGCCUUUUCGACAAUGUCAAAUUUGUAUAUUCUUCAUAGCUGUGAUUGUGAAAACAAAGAUUCAUAUAGAAUUGACGAAAAUUAUUUACCAAUCACAUAUGAUUAUGUUCAAAUACCUGGAAAUUAUAAAUUAGUACAAACAAAAUAUGCAAAUAAUUUUAAAGAAGAUAACUAUUUACUUUGCGUUAGUGAGCGAACAAUUUUUAUAUACGAAUGGAAUUGUAAUAAUCAGUAUGUUCAUAGUUAUCGUUUAUUGUCUCAAUUCACUGUUGAUUCAAUAGUUUCUAUAACAAAUGCCGUUUUUACGAUAGAUCCACUCGAUGGUAUAACUGUCUUUUGUAGUUUUGACAAUGGUGAACUUUGUAAAUAUAAUGCAACGAUGAUGGCAUUUCCUAUUACGAUUAAUCCUACUGUAGCAAAGGUAGACGAACCGAUAGCGUAUUUAUACCUUGUAGAUAAUUAUGCGAUUACGCUUAAUAAAAAUAGAAUGUAA